AUCAAUUAACACAAUAUGGCGGCUUUACGCUUCGUGUUUACAAAGUCGUUGAUGAGAGUAGGAUGGCUGGCUACAUCGAGAGUGAUGCCAGUACUUGGUGGUGUCGCCGACGUUAAUUCGAGAAGGUUUGUGCCCUCGUCAGUAUCUCAGGUGAAAUUUACGUCUACCACUUCUGCAACUGAGGGCCGAGACACAGGAGAGACACCGACGGACGAGAGAGCGAAAGUGAGAGACGACUUGGCUGCCCACGGAAGCUACGUAAGCGAGUUGAUGCCGAAAUACGUCGAGCACGUUCGUCUGACGCAUCAGAAUGAACUAGAGCUUCUCAUCCAUCCGGACGGUGUCAUUCCUGUGCUCACGUUCCUCAGAGACCACACCAACGCCAUGUUUCAGUCAGUCAUGGAUAUAACCGCCGUCGAUGUGCCAAAAAAGCCAUACAGAUUUGAAAUUGUAUACAACCUGUUGUCUGUUCAAUACAAUGCCCGGAUUAGGGUCAAGACGUACACAGAUGAGUUGACCCCUGUUGAAUCCGCGACAUCUGUUUUUCGGGCUGCUGACUGGCUCGAGCGUGAGAUAUGGGAUAUGUACGGAAUAUUCUUUUCCAAUCAUCCCGAUCUCAGACGGAUUCUAACUGACUAUGGCUUCGAAGGUCAUCCUUUGCGGAAGGACUUUCCACUAAGUGGCUAUACAGAGGUCCGAUAUGAUGAUGAGUUGAAGCGUGUCGUCUCUGAACCAAUCGAGUUGACACAAGAGUUUCGUAAAUUUGAAUUGAAAAGUCCAUGGGAACAGUUUCCUGCCCAUAGACGGUCUACUGACCCAGAACAAGAUACGGCUACAGACACAGACAAACCGUCUAGUUAAUUCAACUACUGUAGUAGUCAAAUAUUAAUAUAUGGGUAGUGGAUAGUCUCUUUGCUGUACAGUACAGGAACAUUGGAUGUGAUUGCAAACAGCCUUGUCAUAUUAUGUACCAGGAAAUGUUUGUUGUCAGUUGGUUUGGUCACACACAGACUGGAA